AUGUUUUCUUCGCUUAACAAUUUCUCGUUGUAUUCAUUCUCUUUUCCUUAUUCUUUUCUCUUGACGAUUUCUUUGUUUUCCUUUCUCAUUUUCUUGUCUCGUCUUCCCCUUCCCCCUCCAAUUUAUAUUUCUUUCCCUUUCCUCAUUUCUUCCUUUUCAGACUUUCCCCUCUUUUUUUCUCUCUUUUCCUUACACGUUUCAUUUCGACAUGUCUCUCAUAAUUUAUUAUUUCUUCUCAACGUCAAUUUCACUUACUCCUUCCUUCUUUAUUUCUUCCCCUUUUCUUCUUCUCUUCCGUCUUCCUUCCCAUUUUUCGCUCUUUUACUUAUUCUUUUGCAUGCUUUCACUCUUUUCCUUACCCUUUCUUAUUCUUCUUUUCUCUUCGUCUUUACUGUCAUCCCCUUCUUCCUCUUCGUCUUUUCUCUGUUUUACUUAUUUUUUUUCUUCAGUUUUUUUUCUUCUCUUUUCCUUAUUUCCCCCACUUCGUCUUAUUUCUCAUAUUUCCUUACUUUUUGUUUUUCCUCGCCUUUCCUUACUCAUUCCGAUUCAGGAAUUUUAUUCCCAAUAUCAUCCCUGUUUUUAUUUCUUCAACUUAUUCAUCUUUUCUCUUUAUUAAAUUUCUUCGGUUUAUUCAUUGACUCACUGUUAUAUUCUACUAGUUUAAAUGUCGCCCGAUCCUGCUGA